AGUUGGGAUCAAGUACAAGGUACUGUUUUAUAAUUACAGAGAAAAAAGCAAAUAAUUAUUUAAAAGUUGGCAUAAUUUGAUAAAAAUGAGUGAUGGUCUUCUCAUAAUUCAGAGCAUUCUGGAUAAUGGGUUUCCAGACAACGGAUCCUAUACCUGUAAUUUAAAAAUUGUAGGUUUGUAUUUUUCAAAUAUUGUAAUGUGUAAUUCGGAAUAUUGUUUUUUUAUGCUUGUGUAUUUCCAGAAAUGAAAACUUACUAGAUUAGAAUGUACUAUAAUUAUCUGUUCACUGUUUAUCAUUGUUCCUUUAUGAAACCACAUGCAAAAAACAAUGUAAAUCAACAAUGAAAGAAGCAUUUAUGUAAAAAAAAAAAAAAAAGGUUCCCAUUUUUAAAAUAACCGCUUCCUUCAAGUAUUGGGGGAAGAAAGUUUUUUUUUUUAAUAAUUCAGAAAGAUGUAGACUUAUCCCUUAGAUAUUUCUAUUAAACCCCUGUACCUGUUUAAGACAGGUACAUGUUUUCUUUCAUAUCCUUUCUAAAAAAAAAAUAGGUUUUUGAAGUAAUUUAAUGUCGUUAUUGGCUAUACCACUAAGAGAUUUUGCAUCAGUCAUGUAGAUCAGUCUUAGUAGCAGAUUAUAUGCUGGUUUUACUGUUUUACCUUCAGAGCUAAGCAGAAACUUUGCAGAAGAAAGUUAAAGCAGACCUGUUUUGACACAGGAUAUGAUGUGCUGCAUUACUAUUUUUAAAACUCCAGCAUAACCAAGGCUUUUAAUUUUUUUUUUACAAGAAGCUGACCGAAGUAUAAGCUAGAAGAAAAACUUAUCUGCACAUUAAUACUCAACAUAAUUCAUUUCCUGAACUGCGCAGCACUGUAGCAGCUUUAUUGCUGAAGAUGAACCAUACACCAGCAGUUAUUGAGGAUCUUUCAACACUAUUUACUAAUUACGAUGAUUACACGCCCUGUGAUAAAGAUGAGAUCAAGCAGAAAGCAGCUAAAUUCCUUGUACCGGUUUACAUUUUUGUAUUUUUACUUGGCAUUAUUGGAAAUGCUCUUGUCAUAAUAAUAUUGAUCAAGUACAAAAAGCUUAGAAAUAUGACUGAUAUCUACUUACUGAACCUGGCAAUAUCUGAUUUACUUUUUGUCAUCUCAUUACCUUUUUGGGCCUAUUACGUAACAAAUGACUGGGCAUUUGGAGAUGCACUGUGUAAACUUUUCUCAGGGCUAUAUCUAACUGGAUUCUAUGGCGCAAGUUUUUUUAUUAUACUUCUUACGCUUGAUCGAUAUUUGGCGAUUGUGCAUGCUAUUUUUGCAAUGAAAGUUCGCACUGUAAAAUUUAGUAUAUCUACGAGCGUCUUCCUCUGGGGAAUAGCUAUCUUUUUUUCUCUCCCUGGAUUUAUAUUUUAUAAAGCAGAAAAGCAGGCUGGUAAUUGGACCUGCAGUCCCUAUUAUACAACAUCAUGGAAACUUAUAUUCACAUUUAUGAUGACUAUAUUGGGGCUUUUCAUUCCUCUAGUGGUUAUGCUAUUUUGCUAUUCAAGAAUAAUAUAUACUCUUCUUCGAUGUAGGAGUGAGAAAAAAAAGCACAAAGCUGUAAAACUUAUUUUCAUUAUAAUGGUUGUGUUUUUUAUCUUUUGGAUGCCAUACAACAUUGUCUAUCUAAUGCACACCUUUCAAGAUCCAGAAAGCCCAAAUGCCUGUGAGACUAGCAAUAAAUUAGAUGAAGCAGUGCAAUGGACAGAGGCCAUUUCUUAUUUUCACUGUUGCUUAAAUCCCAUUAUAUAUGCUUUUGUUGGGGAGAAGUUUAGAAAAUACCUCUUUAUUUUUCUACAAAAAGUAUUUCCAAACUGGUGUCUUUGCUCCAGCCUCUUUAGCACCCAUAUGUCUCUGCACGAACGCCACAGUUCUUUGUACACUCCAUCUACUGGGGAGCACGAUAUCUCUGCAGUUCUGUAAAAUUUCGCUGUCUGAGAUUGGCUUAAAUAAAGAUUGCAUUACCAGUGCAGAUGUAUUUGUGUUAGUAAGUGCAAUAAGUGAAAUAAAUAAGUGCAAUAAAAUACAAAUGUCUUUGCUUCCAAUACCAAUUGUAUACAACAUACAAUUGUCUGCUUGCAGUGGAUGAAAUCCCAAGAUAAUGGAUAAUGGGAAUAACUUGUUUAAUAUUUAUUAAUGCCUGAGAAGUCAAAGAGUAACUAAUAUUGUGUAUUCUGCUAAGCCCUGCAUUAUUUACUUCUUCAGUCUAAAUGUACCCCAUUAGCCACUGCCCACACCAUGCCAACUGCAGAUACGUACUUACAAAGUGACACAACAACCAUAAAUAGAUUUGAUAAGUGAUAAUGGACAAAAAAUAUGUUGCACAAAAAUUUUUUCGUGACAUUUUAGAACAUCAGAAAUUAUUGUGGUUAGUACGAAUUUUUACCAUAUCAGAAAACCAUUGGAUCUUAGUAAAUGUGCCCCAAAGUGUCAUAAAUGCAAAAAUGGCACAUGUAUUUUGUAUUACAAUCAUUCUUACAAUGCUAAAACUCCAUAUAAUUCCUUUGGUAGACAAUGCAGUAUGUUCAAAUUUAAAACAUAUAUGGCACAAACAGUAGAAAUAUAAUGUAUAUUUUGCUUUGACUCUGUUUACAUUAAAUAUGCAAUAAGA